AAAAUAUAUAUAAUUAUAUUUUAACAGUUUUCGUACAGGAUCUGGCGCGUCAUGUCUAGGGUUGACAUGGUUUAUCAUAUUAUAUACGUAGCGUCAUCAAAGUGUUUACACUUACAUCUUUGAUCGACACAUAUAAUAAUGUAAUCAAUGCACGCCAGAUCCAUAUGCUCGUUUUAGUCAUCAUUGCCUAGUUUCAGGAUUACACAUGCUGUACAUCUAAGUAGCCACCUAAGCGUUUUUCUCCAGCACACAAUGGUAGAUGACGCUCCUUUGGAAACAGUUCGUAGGACUAAGGCAGUAGCGAUCAAGGUACUAGAUGUUAAAGAUCGCCGCGCCUUGUCUGAAGGUAUGCUUCCUCAGGAAGCUGCCAAAUCUGAAGGAUGGCUCAAAUCUGACCUGGUUUCCGGGUUUUGGAGAAAGUCAGAUCAGGGUUCCCGGAAGUCAUCCCCCAGCGAACUUUCGGUGAAAAGUAGGCGUAAUAUCGAUCGUUUCAAAACUGUUUUCCAUGGAGUUGACUGGUUCAAGUCGAGAAAUACAGAUGAUUCAGACCAGGAGACAGAGGUGACUGACGAUAAUGAGUCUAGUACCUAUACUGCAGCACUGUACAACAAGCUAUCAUCCAUGUUUGACGGUUUCAAGGGAAUGAUGUACACCAACUGGAAGAUAACCAGGACAUUCGGAACUAACACCGCUUCAGCCAUAAGCUCUAUGGCUAACGGAGUGCCGAACAUAUCGCAACGCUUUAGCUGGAAUAUGGAAAGCUUUCUGAGGAGUAAUAGCGCCUCUGAACGAUUUAUCGCUUUUAUCCCGUCAUUUUCAUCGCAGAAAUCAGGCUAUACUUUCAGCGAUGCUUUUAUCCCAAACCAUGGUACCUUUGUAGAUUGCUUUGCACUAUUUAUCGAGGACCCGCCAAAGGAACAGAAGUCUCCAGACCCCGUGGACGCACAAUCAGUAAUCGACGUUGGAAACAACCUGCGUUGUGAAAUUGUUAGCAAAGCUUCACAACGGGUAUUAUCGGAACAUGGACCUUACCAAUGUGUAUUUGAGGAGAAUAUUAACACUGAAACAGAAGCUAAACCACUAAAAGAGUUUAUUGAAGACAUGCCCGUACACAAUGGACGCUUGCGUUUCUUCCAGGCAAUUAAAUCAUUACGUAAACCGAGUGAUAAAAAUAUAGAUAAUCAGGACGUUCCCUCCCAAAGUAUGGGCUCUAAGGAUCACGUGGAAUCCAUGUCACACUACUCACCUACAUCCUAUAUCAAAAACAGAGUAGCCAUGUUUAGCGAGUACCUAUCGAAGCGUUCCGAGGAAGCACCGGGCCCCAAGACAUUACGUAGUUAUUUUGCUAAUCUACGUUCUAGGCGCGGUAAUGAGGAAUCUGAAGAUAAUGACGAAUCGAAGUUCGACGAUAAUGCACACUACCGUAUGCAGGAACAUACGAUGAUACAUACGGGUCAUUGGGAUGAGUUCCAAUAUGACAAUAUCGAGAUUGUCCUUAGGGACGAUAACAACGACUCAGUUAUACAGCUCCCGUAUGGAUGUGCUGUUAUGUGACAAGUUACGAUAUACGAACUUAUAUUGUAUCAUAGCAAUACAGGGUACCAGAACUAGAGUGUGAUCCUGUAUUUUUUUGUACAAAUA